AUGCCCCGCGCCCCGGCCCGGUUUGCCGCCCUUGCCCGGACUGCAUUUCCCGGCGUGCCCCGCGGGGCCGGGGCGGGGGCGCCGCGCGCAGAGGCGGGGGGAGGGGCGGGGCCGCUUCCUGUUUGUCUGCGGCCGAGCGGAGCGGAGGCCAUGGCGGCGGCGGCGGCGGCUGCGGGGGGCCCCGGGCCCGGCGGCGGCCGGCGUGGAGUGCGUGCGGCGGCCACCAACAUCCUGGCGCAGCUUCGGCACGGGCAGCUCAGCGGCUGUGGCCUGACACGCGGGGCGCAGAUCACAGAGGCCUUGUUAAAGGAAAGAGAUAAGCAAGCAAAAUGGAAUGGAAUCCCCUUACUGCUGCAGAAGCUGUAUGAACACAGCCACCCAAACAGCGACUUUUCCCAGUGCCAAAGCAUCUUAAAGGAAAUUUCUCCACUUCUUUCAAUGGAAGCCAUGGCAUUUGUUACAGAGGACAGGAAAGCUGCUCAAGAGUCCACUUUCCCCAAUACAUACACCUUUGAUUUAUUUGGAGGGGUCGAUCUUCUAGUAGAAAUUCUCAUGAGACCAACUCUUAUUACACAGAAAAAGAAACAGAAAAUAAGUGAUGACCUCAUCAAGGACUGUUUAAGCAUACUGUACAACACCUGUAUAUGUACUGAAGGAGUCACAAGGAGACUGGCAGAGAGAAACGACUUUGUGUUGUUCCUGUUUACACUGAUGACAAACAAGAAGACAUUCCUACAAACUGCAACACUCAUUGAAGAUAUCCUGGGAGUGAAAAAGGAAAUGAUACAACUGGAUGAUAUUCCCAAUCUUGCCAGCCUUGUGUCCAGCUUUGACCAGCAACAGCUUGCCAACUUCUGCAGGAUCCUCGCUGUCACGAUCUCUGAGCUGGACACGGGAAGCGAUGACAAGCACACACUUCUUGCCAGAAAUGCUCAGCAGAAAAAAAACUUGGGUCCUUCUCGAGCUGAAAUUAAUCAAGCUACACUGCUGAAUAUUCCUGGCUUCAUCGAGCGCUUGUGCAAGCUGGCAACACGGAAGGUGUCUGAGACAACAGGCACUUCCAGCUUCCUGCAGGAGCUGGAGGAGUGGUACACCUGGCUGGACAAUGCACUGGUACUCGAUGCCCUGAUGAGGGUGGCAAAUGAAGAGGCAGAGCAGAGCAGUACAGAGUCCUCGGAUGAAAGUGGCCUGGCCAACACCUCCACACGGACGCAGCUGCCACAGUCCAUGAAGAUCAUGCACGAGAUCAUGUAUAAGCUGGAGGUGCUGUAUGUUCUCUGUGUGCUGCUCAUGGGGAGACAGAGGAAUCAGGUUCAUAAAAUGAUAGCAGAGUUCAGACUGAUCCCUGGCCUCAAUAACUUGUUUGACAAACUCAUCUGGAGAAAGCACUCUGCAUCAGCUCUGGUUCUGCAUGGACACAACCAAAACUGUGACUGCAGCCCAGACAUUACUUUAAAGAUCCAAUUUUUGAGGCUUCUGCAGAGCUUUAGUGAUCACCAUGAGAACAAGUAUCUCCUUCUAAACAGCCAAGAACUGAAUGAGCUGAGUGCGAUCUCUCAUAAAGCAAACAUCCCUGAGGUGGAUGCAGUUGUCAACACAGACAGGAGUCUUGUCUGUGAUGGAAAAAGAGGGCUGCUGACCAGGCUGCUUCAAGUCAUGAAGAAAGAACCAGCUGAAUCCUCCUUCAGGUUUUGGCAAGCCAGGGCAGUGGAAAGUUUUCUGCGAGGCACCACCUCCUAUGCAGACCAGAUGUUCCUGCUGAAGAGAGGACUGCUGGAGCAUAUUCUCUACUGCAUUGUUGACAGCGAGUGCAAGUCACGAGAUGUGCUGCAGAGUUACUUUGACCUUCUGGGAGAGCUGAUGAAAUUCAAUAUUGAUGCAUUCAAGAGGUUCAACAAGUACAUCAACACAGAUGAGAAGUUCCAGAUCUUCUUAAAUCAGAUCAACAGUUCCUUGGUGGACUCCAACAUGCUUGUGCGCUGCAUUACGCUCUCCCUGGACCGCUUUGAGAAUCAGUCUGAUGCUAAAGUUGCAGAGGUGCUGUCGGAGUGCCGCCUGUUGUCCUACAUGUCCCAGAUGUCCAUGAGGAUGUCCUUCCUUUUCCGUCUCAUCAACAUCAUCCAUGUACAGACGCUCACACAGGAGAACGUCAGCUGUUUGAACACAAGUUUAGUUAUCCUAAUGCUGGCCCGGAGGAAAGACAAACUCCCUUUUUACCUGCGCACUUUGCAACAGAUGGAGUACAGUGAGAAGUACCCAGGCUUCAUCCUCAACAACUUCCACAGCCUCCUGCGCUUCUGGCAGCAGCAUUACCUCAACAAGGACAAAGACAGCACCUGCUUAGAAAAUAGCUCCUGUAUUAGUUUUACCUACUGGAAAGAGACUGUAUCUAUACUGCUCAGUCCAGACCGGACCUCCCCCUGUGCCAUAGUUAGCUACAUCGACGAAGCCUACAUGGACAUUGACAGGGACUUUUCUGAGGAGUGAGCUCCGCCCUGGCUGCCGCCAGACGGCGCUCGGAGGGUACCUCGCAGCCCGUGGACUUCAGGGAUCCGCCGUGUCCUGUGUGUGUGUGCGUGUGCGGCGCCCAGCCGGGGAGCCUGCCGGCCCCCAGCCCCCACCCGACCCCUGCCGGGCCAGGCUUGGCAAGCUCUCUGGGCAACACAUUCAGGGAUGUAUCUUCCGGUUGUCUGGGAUAAAAACAUGCUCACCUGCAGCACCCAGCCUCUUGCUGUUCCUUUGUGCCCCCUCCGGUGAGGCCAGGAGAGGGGGCUGCUGGCGGAUGAGGAUGCUCCGCGUUGUGCCGGCGGACUCGGGGCUCAGCCGGGGCUGCCAGAACUUAGCAGGUCCAAAAGCACACAAAUUGCCCUCCAGAUGUGAGGUCCAAGGAGCUGGUCUGGCUGGGACCCUGGCACGCCAGCCACACCAGAGCCACCAGGAGGGCUCCCUCUGGGUGUGACUCUCCUGUUGGGGCUGGGAAUCAGGGGUCGUGGGUUGGUUGGGGUGCAAGUGUGUGUGUGUGUGUGUGUGCUUCCUGAGAGCCCUAGCUCCAGUCACCUCUGACCAUCUCCUUUUGGAUCAUUUGGUACUAAACCUGUCUGUGCAUUUAGGAGAACCUUUGCUCCUGCUGUCUUUUCCUGCAGCCCCUUCUCACCUGAAGGUGUUUUACAGAGACGUUUCAGCAGGAGCUGGCUUUUUCAUGGAGCACUAGCAUUAAAAAGUACUAAUUCUUUUUUAAACUUGGAGCUUGUCCCUUCUUGGGUGACUAAUCUGGUUUUAAAAUCCUUUUCAGGACCCUCCCUCUCGAUGCUUAACUUUCUCUGCCUGGAAGUCUUCUGUCAGUCUCUGCUUUCAGUCCUUAAUAUCAACACACACAUUAAUCUUGAAGUGCAAUAUUUACUGGAGAUGUCAGUUUUAUCCUGGAUCUGUUUUAAUCAGAAUGUGUUAAAGGCUGGGAAUAAACACUCCUGGUUGAAAAGAAGUUUGUAGGAUAUUUUGGGAAAGGAGGAAUUGGGUUUUGGCAGUCCCAAGGGCCAGACCUACGCAGGCCCUGCCUGCUCACCAACGCUGAUUGUGUAGCUUCACCACAGUCACCUUCCCAGGAAUGAAUACAGCCUGAAGUCCUGAGCCACUGCAUUUAACUCAAACCCUGGGUGUCUUGCAGCUCCAGCUGGAAGAAUCCUCUGGAAUGUGCACCUGAAUCUUUUUCACUUAACUUAUUUGAUGAGAGACUUCAACUGUGUCCCAGCUCUGGAGAGGGGCAGGCGGUGAGCAUGUCCCAGAGCUGUAGCAUUUUGUCUCUAACGCUGCCAGCAGAAUGGGUCUUGCUCUGAGGCUCCCUGUGCUGAGGCCUGGAUAUGAGAGACCAAGGGUUGCAGCCCCUGCUGCAGGACUUGUUCUCCAGCAGUCACCCUCCUGCUCUCACCCAUCUCACACUUGGGUGUCCUGCGGUGGACUCACAGCCAACACUUUGCUCGUGAGGCAGUCAGAGCUGCUGAGCUUGUGCGUAACCUGGAACCUCGCAGAGCUCCUGGGCCUCUCUCUCUGUCCCUCCCUAGAGGGCUGGGCAAGCUCUGCACUGCUCCAGUGAGGUUACCCUGGUCACCUUCCUUGUGUUGGGGAGCUCCUGGCUCCAGCAGCUGCAAGUCUGUUCUUCGUGGGUCACCCCACUCUGCCCCCUCCCUUCCCUGAGCUCAUUUCUUUCUCAUCUGUACUUUUUUUGUUCCUUGGGUAUUUGUGGGGUUUGGUGUAUCUUUUGCUUCUUAACUGUAAUAGAUGUACACUUAAAUAAAUGCUUCAAACUCAAAGGCUUUUCAGUUGAGGGAUGCCUUGCCCUAGUCUAGUGAAUUGGUGCAUCCACUGAUUGCUGCUAGAACCCUGCAGAGUCUCCUUUCCAUCUCAGUGUUCAUGGAACCUACAGUCAGGAUCCAAGCUGCGCCUGCCUGGGCUGUGGAGUCCUGCCAGCUGCCCUCUGACUCCUGGCUCCCUCCUCCUGAGCACUGGGAGCACAGUAAGCUUGGCACCUGGCCUGCCAGAGGCAGCUUGGCUGUGCUUUUGCCUUCAAGCUGGCUGUAGAGAAGGGACAGGGAAGAACCCACAGCAGCUCCUCUCUUCAGGGGCAAUGCCCUGGCUGUACUGGGCAGGGGCAUGAGCUGGCAGAGAGGGUCGCAGGCACAUCUGAAGUGAGGGCCACGUUCCUGUGGGCUUGUUUGUCCAUGCCAAAUGCUUCAAGAAUCUCAUUUUGAGAGGGGACCAACAGCUCUGUCCUUCAUCCUUGUUUUGUCUUAUUUAUGGAGGGCACAGAGAGGAAGUGUCCAGCGUGGUGCCAGGGAGAGCUCAGGGGAGUGGAGGUGGGAUCCCUGUCACUAACCAACUCCUGCAGUUCUGAGGUUCGUGCUGCCCAGAUCAAUGCCAAUUUACUAACUGCAAAUAAAGGUAUUAAAUGGAAACUAUUAAAGAAAUCUAUUUUAAAGAA